CGCAAUUUUUCGCCUUCCUCUCUUCGACGCCCUGCGCUGCCGCCGAAAGUUCCGAUUUCGUCUCCUCGGCUUGCCCAUUUUCUCGCCGUUCUCGGUAGAUUCCACCGCCGCCCAGCUCUUCUCCUUGCUGCCGAUUUCUCCACCGAGGAGGCAUGGAGACAAAUGCUGUAGAUUCCAAAGUGGAGAUAGACACUAGAGCUCCAUUCGCAUCCGUUAGAGCAGCAGUUAGUCUGUUUGGUAAUGUGGCAGUUAAAGGUGACAAAUCUCCUGGGAGAAAGCCGAAGCCUGCAACAAUCGAGGCUAUUACUACUUUGGGUAAUGCUAAGACCCCUAUAUUGUCAGAGAAUGCUCUAGCUAAGGAUACCCAACUUCAUUUGGCUAAAAAAGAGCUGAACAAGUAUAAGGAACAACUUGAUGUUGCUACAAAAAGUAGGAUUCAAGCACUUGCUGAGUUGGAGAGAGUUAAAAAAAUUGUUGAAGAACUCACCGAGAAACUCAAUGCGGCAAAUGAGGGAAAGGAUCAAGUUCUAGAAGCAACUGAAGCUGCCAAAAAUCAAAUCAAGACACUUGAUGCGGGUUCUGUCGAGAUUGCUGACCAGGAUGGAAGCUGGGAACAGAAGUUCGAUAGUUCAAAGGAAGAACUUGCAGUUGUCCUCAUGGAGCUUGAUUCUGCAGAGGAAGAACUUAUAAAGAUCAAAAGGGACUCUGAGACAUUGGUGGAAGCAAAGCUCUCUGCCAUUCAGCAAGAGGCUGAAGCGAAACAGAUUUUUGAUGCUGGCGUUCAGAAGGUGACUGAGCUCUCCAAGGAGAUUGCUUUAAUUCAGGAAUCACUUACCUAUACUAGCCUUGCCACUGAGAAAGUCCAGCAGGAAGAAUCAAAAAUUGUCUCAGAGCAAGUUGCUAUUAAACAGUCUUACAAACGAUUGCUCGACGAAACUGGACAAAAAUUGACGACUUUAAAGAAAGAGUUUGAUCCUGAAGUUUAUAUGAACCUGAAGGCCAAGCUAGAAGAGACAACUUCUGAGAUUAAAUCAGUGCAGAAGGAAAUUGAAGUUGUUUCAUCUGUAGAUUUAAAGUAUGCUACAUCAGUGGCUUUGGAGGUGGAAGGUGCAAAGGAAAUUUUACAAGCACUCGCCCAAGAAGAAAGUUCACUUGUGAGGUUGCUGCAUUCUCUCAAGCUGGAGUUAGAAGCUGCAAAGAGUGAGCACAUAGAGCUUGAGGAUAAAUAUGAAAAAUCUAAAUCUCUUGUCAGCAAUCUUCAGCAUGAACUUCAGAAAUGCAAAGCCGAGCUCGACGUUGUCACUUCUUUAGAGUCGCAAGCAACUUCAACAUCUGAUGAGCUAACAUCUGCCCUUCAACAAUUGUCAUUCGACUCUCAGAAAAUUUUGCAGGAAGCAGAAGAAUUCAGGAAACAUUCUAAACAGUUUAGGGCAGAAGCUGAAGCAGCCCGAAUAGCAUUAUGCGAAGCAGAAAAGCAACUGCAGGUUGUUUCGAAGGAUGCCAAAGAGGCAAAAUUGGCAGAAGCAAGAGCUCUAGGUCUUACCAAAGAUCUAUCUGAGCAUCCAAAUGUUUCUCAGGCAUCAUCUACUCUUCAGUCUGGGUCUACCAUAACAAUCAUGAAAGAAGACUACCAGUCUUUAAGACGCAAGGUGGAGUCGUCCGAUGAGUUCAGAGACAUGAAGGCUGAUGCUGCAAUAGCACAGCUGCAAGUUGUCAAGGCCAAUGAGGAUGAGGCAAUUAAGAAACUUGAAGUAGUUCAGAGGGAGAUUGAGGAAUUGGAGACGGCAACACAGGAGAUAUUGGAGAAGGCAGAAAUAGCUGAAGCUGCACAGAAAGCUGUCCAAGGAGAGCUGAGGAAGCAGCAGGAAACCGAACAGAAGAAGGCAUCAGAGAAUGUAUCAAAGAUACCGGUCGAGACACACGAGUCUAUAGAAGAAGCAUACGUUACAGUACCCUCUGUUCAGAAUGCAAAGCCAGGGGAGAGGACUGAAGAGAAUCGGAAGUUCAUGAAAUCGGUGAUCUCCAAGAAGGUGCUUAUGCCUAAUCUCACCGGUUUUUUCCAUCGCAAGAAGAGUCAGAGUGAUGUUGGCUCACCAUCUUAUCUCCCUGGCGAGAAGCCUUUAUAAACCAAUGAUCUGAUAGUUUUCCGGCCCGGAGAACAGUGCAGAGUUAUGCUUCUUGUAUAGCUUUGAAGGUUUUCUUUAACAGGAAUUCCGAAUUCUGUCAGUUGCUUAGCAGUUGCAGUUGUCAGGGAAUCAAUGCAAACAUUGAUUCGUUGAAAAUGUGAAUGGAAUAAAGAGGUAGAGAAGAAGAGAUUCUAUUAUGAAUGAGUUUUUAGUAUCACAUUAGAAGUUUCUUGACUUUAUUGUUAAUUUAGAUUAUGACACGUGCAUUGAUGUUGUGAA